AAUCAAAAUUUCAACCCCAAAAUCGAACACAACAAACUGCCUCCUCCUCAGAACACGACCAGAGAGAAAGGUCAUGAUCUGGGUCUGCUCUGCAUCACCAAGGUCAUGAUCUUCCAUCUCAUCCUCAAAAGAUUCCACCUGGAUUAGCAUUUCAUACAUUUCCCUUUCUGGGUCAUGGCGGUGAAACGAUCCUUCAAACGUUUUGUAGGGCAAGAACUGGGUCGCUUCUCUCACUUCUUGAUUUAUGCUGUGCUUGAAUGGAUGUUGAUCCUCCUUCUCUUCAUCAAUGGCUUUCUUGCAUUUUUUGCCAACCAAUUCGCUAACUUCUUCGAAUUGCAGAUGCCAUGCUUGUUCUGCACAAGAAUCGAUCAUGUUUUGACUCAUAAAGGCCCAGAUUUCUACUACAACGAUUCCAUUUGUGACGCCCAUAAGAAGGACGUUUCGUCACUCGCCUUCUGCCAUGUUCACAAAAAGCUUUCCGAUAUACGGAGAAUGUGUGAGGGCUGUCUUCUGUCCUUUGCAACGACAAAGGAAUCCGAUUGCGAUACGUACAAGUCUCUGGUUGGGAUUUUGCACAAGGACAUUGAGUUGUUCGUCGAUGUUGAUCAAGAACUUCAUCUCUCCCUUCCUGUAGGGAAGAAGGACGAUCCAGAGAUUGUAGAGAAGAGCAGCCAACACCGGUGUUCUUGUUGCGGGGAGCCAUUGAAGGUGAAAUCGUCUAAUGUGAAAGGGAAAAAUUCUGUGCUGUUGUCAACGGCUACGGCUCCGGUUCCGGCUCCUUCUCCCCGUGCAACGUUCUUGUCUUCUACGAAUGAAGACCGCCGGUUCGACUUGAGCCAUGCCAAAUACACGGAGCUCAAGCUAGCCCCUGAUGAGUCAGAUCGUCCUGAAGAUGAUGAUAGUUCCAGCACAGUAAGCCUUGAGAAGCAGUUUAAGGAAGAUAGCAAAGCUGUUACUACAGUGCGAUUGCUGAUGGAAGGAGAUGAUGAAGAUAAGACCCCCAAUUUUGGUAGGAGUAACAAGUUUUUUGGAAUCCCACUUUCAGAUUCAACAGCAGCGAGUCCUAGAUGGCAAGGCAGACCUUUAGCUUUUAGGAAAUCGUUGCUGGACAGGAUAGAUUCUGUAUCAGAGGGUGCAGAGGGAAAUGUCUCAAAUGAGACGGAUGGGGAUUCUAUACUGCAUCAUUUGAAGAGACAAGUUCGACUGGAUGGCAAGUCACUGAUGGCUUUGUACAUGGAACUGGACGAAGAAAGAAGUGCAUCUGCUAUUGCGGCUAACAAUGCAAUGGCCAUGAUCACCAGGUUACAAGCAGAGAAGGCAGCUGUUCAGACGGAGGCCUUGCAGUACCAAAGAAUGAUGGAGGAGCAGGCAGAGUAUGACCAAGAAGCCCUACAAGAAAUGAAUAUUUUACUCAACAAGAGGGAGGGAGAAAUUAAAGAAUUAGCGGUUGAACUAGAGGCUUACAUAUUAAAAUAUGGUUGCUUAGGGGAAGAUGACCUUGAAUUACCAGGAGAAGAAGAAACCGAUCAAGGUUACCAAGUUUUCAAACCCCCUUCCUACUCAUCCUCCAAUGGAAGAUCUGAAUGCAGCAGCCCUGUUCAUUGUCUCAACGGAGUGUCCAAUAAUGAGGAGAAACCACAGAACAAUAAGCAAUCGAGUUCUGUGCAGGAUGAGAUCAGAGGGGAGGCAAUUGACGAAUUACAGAAAUCCUCUCAAGCAGAAAAGCCCCGUUACUUGGGUCGAUUGAGAAAUCUAGACAAGAACAAUCAAGUUUCAUCAGACGUUGGGGUUGACUCCUCAGAUUCUAGUUGUGAAGAUUUUAAUGACAGAGGAAGAGAUACAGACUUACAAUCCUACUAAGUUUUCAAAAUAAAGGCCAGGCCCUAGGGGGACUUUGAUUGAGAGUUCAGUCCAGUCUGACAGUGACUAAUGUAAUCAAACACUGUAAUUUUUUAUUCUAUCUUUUUUAGUCCUUCCUCUACCGCUCUUUUUCAAAGGAGAAUAGUAUAAAUUUGAUUAUAAUAC